CACCCCCGGGUCAACGAACAAGCCCUCCCAAAGGUAUCGGCCAAAGGGUAUCAUUUUCCUCCUCCUUCCCCCCUCCAAAACCCUAGAUUUUAGAGCAGUAAAACUAACCCUGAAGGCUGAAGCUGAAGAUGCGUUUUCAGAUUGAAGCUCAUUCAAAGACUUGUUCGUCGUUUAAAAGAAGCAGCCCGUUUUCUACCGAGAUCCUGAAAGGGAGAAGCUGAAGAGGAGAUCAAACCAAGAAAAGGCUUCUCCGGAAGAAUUCGAGAAAGUCCAAGGGGAGCAGUUUGGAAAUCAUGUCAUCACCAAGCAGCAUUGAACUCAGUCAUCCCCCAACCCCCGAAAGCGACAACGAAUGCGCCAAGUUGUCGAAGCCCACCGUGGAUCGAAUCACCGCAUUGCCCGACGCUAUACUCGGCCACGUUCUCUCCUUCUUGCCAAUCGAAGACGCCAUUAAAACCCAGGUUUUAUCAAAACGUUGGCUGCAUAUUUGGACUUACUCCACAUCCCUUGAAUUUCUUAGUGAUUCCGAUUCCUCUGAGAAAACCGUUAGUGACUUUGUUAGCUUCGUUGACAAAACCAUAGUUCUCUGCAACUGUUCUAAGCUCAAGAAAUUCGGGGUUGAGUUUAGAUACGAGUCGGAUUACGCUUCCAAUGUCAAUCUCUGGACUCGGUUCGCAACAGGGAAGGGGGCGGAGGAGCUUCAACUUGACUUCGACCUGUGUGAUUUGUUUGAGAGUGAUAGUUACGUGCUACCACAACUUCUUUAUACUAAUUCAUCGUUCAAAACAUUGAAGUUUUCUGCGUGCCAAGUGUUGCCCAAAGGAGUUGUUUGUUGGAAUUCGCUGAAGAAAUUGACAAUUGGGUAUGCGAAUUUGAGUGAAGAUGUGAUUCAGAAGAUAUUAGCCGGUAGUCCUUUGUUGGAGAUUCUGGAGUUGUAUUGCUUUUACGGUUUCAAUCAUUUGCAUGUUAGUAGUGCAAGUGUGAAGAAAUUGAUUCUAAGAGACGUUUGGGAUGAUGAUGAUGAUGAUGGUGAUGAUGACGACGAUGGUGAUGACUAUGAUGACGACGACGGCGGUGGGCACCAUUCUAUGUUGGAAAUUUCAGCUCCUCAUCUUCAUUCGUUGGAGAUUUCGGGUAGUUUAGGUGAUAAAAUUUGUCGGCUAGGGGAUGUAUCGUCUUUGAUUGAUGCUAACAUCAGUUUUCACAUGAAAAGUCGAUAUUACUCAGAUGAUUAUGAAAGGCACCCAAAUAUGUUAAGAGGACUUCUCCAGAGCCUUAUUCAUGUGAAGAAUAUUACUUUAGGCGAUUGGGCUCUACAGGUUCUAGGUAUAAUGGAAGAAAAAGGAUUGUGCUCUCCCUGGUUGGAGUGUGAAUGCUUAACACUUGAUACGAGUAUCAGGAAAUCAGUCCUCCCUGGAAUAGCACACAUGUUGGAAAGUUCAUAUAAUCUGGUGACAUUAGUCAUAACCUUGUCCUCUUCCAGCUGUGAUGAGUACUUUGGGGACAAAUUUCCUGGACUUUGCAAUUUUGAUGAAAAGCACUAUUGGACAUCACAAAAAAAGGCUUUCACCUGUUUGGUGUUCCAUCUCCAGAAAGUUAAGUUUAUUGGGUUAGUACAGUGUCAAUUUGACUUCUACUUGUCUUUUGUACAAUUUCUACUGAAGAAUUCUCUGGUGCUCCAUAAGAUGGUCAUCGAUACGCUAAUGGAGAGUUGUAAAUGGCAAAAAGAAUUUGUCCGAGCAGCUCAAAUGCUUUUAAGCUUUCCAAGAUCCUCUCCUAAUGCGGUGGUUUUUCUCUACGAGUAAAAUUGAUAGUCAACUCAAGAAAUUUUCAAUAUCCUAGUGAAACUUAGGAUUCAUUUUUCUUCUUUAGUUAUUAGCUUAUUGUUAGUUUGUACUCUCUUGUUUGAAACAUGCUGUCUUUAAUUGGAUGUCUUGUUAAUAUUGACUGGUUAAGCUUUUUAACUA